AUGUUCCUUCUUUUGUUUGCCCUUACAACAUUAUGCGGAAUUGUUAAUGAAAAAGCUGAAAAUAUAAAAAUUUGCGCUAUCCCUGUAUCUGUUGCGCAAAAUCCUCCAAAUUUUUUAAUGAGACCUUCGGUACCUGUUGAGAAUUGCCAAGAUCGUGAUGCAGCAGCUUUCAGCUUAAUAAACACAACUUUAUCUCCUCCAGCAGCAACUUGCAGAGACGAAAGGCUGAACUGUGCCGCAAUUAGAACUGCACAUAGCUGUAGCGAUAUGUUUCGAACAACAAUAAUGCAACAGUGCACGAGAACGUGCGGUUAUUGCACGUAA